AUCUGCACAGCAGUUGUGCACAAUUUAUACUUGUUUCUGCAAUCCUGGGAUUCAGAAACAAUUUAAAAGUUACAUCAUUACAACAUAACGACGAAAAAGGUGUCUGGCAAUUGAUCCUACACUUUCUUGUCCUUCUGUGCGCCCGAUAUAAUACAACAAGAUGAAAUAUGUGUAGUAAUAAGUGACCAAAUAUCCGCCAGCAACACCUAUAUCUACUCGCACUUUUGUAACCCCGAUAGGAGAACAAUAAAUUGUAUAAAUACUCAUCGCCCUUAUGCGAUCCUGAUACAAUCGUUUCUACAAACGAAAAAUUUGCAUUUGAAGAAAGUUCGUCAGCAUCUCCUGUGCUACAAAAGUGGUUGUAUCAGGACAACCCCUACGAUAUGGCGAAGGGGAUGCGCCACUCUCUUCCGCAAUCGCUCCCGUUGCUCGAUAUACGGGACGCCGAGAAGGCCGAUGUCUUUGCAGGGAACGUCAGUUUUCUCGCGACUACGGAACCGAGAUAAGAUUCCUGCGUCGAGUCGAUGCGGUCUGCGACCUAGAGGACAACCAAUCCGAGGAAGGCGUGACGGUGCCGUAGUUAUGUUACAGAAACCGGGCCAGUACACGGGUUCAGUUUUUUUGGACGUCUCCGAGGGAUGCUGGAAGAUGUUGAGCCUUAGCCAAGGUUGAGAUCUUGGUGUCGUUCUGGACCGUCGCGACGUUUGACGUGGAUAUUGCACCCAAAGAACCCGUCGGAUUCGUGAGCAACGGCGGUGAGAAGACCACCAAAGCGAGUUCGGGUAAGGAAACUGGACACCUACGAAGAGGACCAUAAACUUCUGGAGAUUGUUUGUGUCAGAAGAACAAGAAAAUAAUAUCGUCAUGUGCUCAUGUCACAUUUUUAUCGAAUCGAUUUAAAUUGGGAAUUUUGGAACGACCGGACAUUUUGGGAGCACCCAGAUGUCUUUAUAAAUGGUGCUAAAGCUGUAUCUGUUUUACACGCGAACGUACUUAAGAAACAAUUACCAUUGAUACGGUCAUUAUUCAAAUACUAACGGGUACAAAAUACAAUGUUUAACGAGUGGCGUGUUUCAAAUAAAACAACAUAAUUGCAACUAUAAGAAUGAUUCCCCACCUUUGCCAAGAACGACAGGUAUCAUUUUUAUAAUUAUAUCGAACGGCUCCGUGCACGCUCCACCAAACAAAAGGCCAGUAUCGAGCGGACAUUUUCCCAAAAAUGUCGAAAAUCUCGUCCGCCCUCAGCAAUCGAGCCUGUUUGGUAUAACAAGGUGUGGGAACUUCUCCGAGCUCGGAUUGUGUAUUGAAGAAUGUGCAACCAGUUGCCGCUCUCAGUGCCUGGAAUGACAAUCGCCCCCUAAAGAGAACGCAACAUUCUAAAUCCUCCGCGAGAUUAGUUUACGAAAAUGAAGGGCGGCAGAGAGAAGAUUUGCGCGAAACUCUCCAGCGCGUUUCUACGUAAAUGGUGGAUCGUGGCGGCAAUCGCGCUCCUAUUCGUAAUCCUAGGCAUAAUCGUCGCGAUCUUCUUCAUGACAUGGGUCAACCUCGUCGUGCAGCACCAAAUCGUCCUGAAGAACGGCUCGCAGGCGUUCGGCUGGUGGAGGAAGCCGCCGGUCACGCCGCGGAUCUCGAUCUACGUCUACAACGUGACGAACGCCGAUGACUUCUUAAACAACGGCUCCAAGCCGAUCGUCGAAGAGCUCGGCCCCUACGUCUACACGGAGGCAUGGGAGAGGAUGAACGUGACGUUCAACGACAACGGCACCGUAUCGUACAACCUGCAGAAGCUCUACUUCUUCAGCGAGGAGCUGUCCGUCGGCUCGGAGGACGACGUAGUCGUCGUUCCCAACAUUCCGAUGCUGAGCGCAACAUCGCAAUCGAAACACGCCGCCCGCUUUCUGCGUCUCGCGAUGGCUAGCAUAAUGGACAUACUCAAGAUAAAACCGUUCGUCGAAGUUUCCGUCGGGCAGCUCCUCUGGGGCUACGAGGAUCCGCUCCUGAAGCUCGCGAAGGACGUCGUCCCGAAAGAGCAAAAGCUGCCCUACGAGGAGUUCGGCCUGAUGUACAACAAAAACCGCACCUCGCCGGAUACCCUCACGGUGUUCACCGGCGCCACCGACAUCACCAAGUUCGGACUGAUCAACAAGUGGAACGGAAUGUCGCACUACUCGCACUGGCUGACGGACGAGUGCAACAGCCUGCUCGCGUCGGACGGUUCGAUCUUUCCACCCGGUAUAACGCCGAACACCACCCUGUAUAUCUUCGACAAGGAUCUGUGCCGGCGUCUACCCUUGAAAUUUCAGAAGGAGGUCGAGCGCAAAGACGGCGUCCCGGCGUAUCGCUUCAGCCCUCCGUUGGACGUAUUUGCCAACGCCGACGAAAACCCGGAAAACAUGUGCUUCUGCCCCCACGGACCGCCUUGCGCGCCUUCGGGAUUUUUCAACGUGUCUCUCUGUCAGUUCGACUCGCCGGUUCUCCUUUCGUUUCCCCACUUCUACCUCGCCGACGACACCUAUCGGACCGCGCUGGAAGGUAUCUCGCCUCCCGAUCCCGAAAAGCAUCGCCUAUACCUGGACGUUCAGCCGAUGAUGGGCACAGCGUUGGCGGCGCGAGCGCGCGUCCAGAUAAACCUGGCCGUCUCCCAGGUCGUCGACAUUAAGCAGGUGGCGACCUUCCCCGAUAUCAUCUUUCCGAUUCUCUGGUUCGAGGAGGCGGUCGACGGACUCCCGGAGGAAAUAACGAACCUGAUGCGAUUGGCGAACCAAGUGCCUCCAGUCGCUCACGCCUCCAUCACUGGCGUACUCUUCGCCCUAGGCGGCGUCCUGCUAAUAAUCGCCGUGUGGAGAUUAGUGAGGGGGGCGAAUCGCCUGAGCUCGCUCCAGCUGGCGACCGGUCACAUCGGACCUCAGCAAUCGAAAGACGUUCAGAUGAACAACGUAAAUAGGCAUUAGUUUCCGCGCGCGACGAAUCUCUUAGUCUUCCAUGAAGAAUCUGUGACUGUACUUGCUCCAUUUGUAAAUAGUUUAGAUCUUUUUGGUUUCUGUUUUUUUUAUUUUACGUUUUAGUUCAAUUUUUGGUGUAGUCUUAAGUCCAAAUAGAUAUGGUUUGUUUAGUUAGUACCAAUUUUGUUAUGUUAUUUGUACAUUUUUAAACGUUUUAAAUAAACCCCCUUAAAAACUCA